AGCUACUGUCGAAGAGAACUUGGCAGAAAGAAGGAAGAGGAGAGGAGUCAGAGCUAAUAAUGUUAGCGAGCUGUUACAUUGGGCUUUUUUUCACAAUUUCCAUCAGCUGGGACUAACUGUUCAUCCCUUCUUGUGUGAUUAUUGUUCCUGUCAUCAAUAGCAAAAUAAUACAGAUGGAGAAAUAAACACUCUUCAACCAAGAGUCAAGCUGCUCUUUGAAAAACUUCAGUAAGGGCUGAAUGAGAACCAUGAACAACAACAGUCACACACCACUCUGCUACUCCAACACCAGCACACCAUUCAAAUAUGCCCCAGACUUGGGCAAUGUCCUCUACUCAGCCACUUUCACCACUUUGGGCCUCGCCUCAAAUCUCAUUGCGUUCAUAGUGCUCGUCAAAUCCUUCCAGCGAACUCAAAGCCGCUCGCGCUCUUUCUUCCUCAUCUUCCUGGGAGGCCUUGUAACCACCGACUUAAUGGGUCUUCUGGUCACAGGCACCGUUGUGAUCUCCUUCUACAUCACACGGGUGGACUGGCGUCAGUCCGACCCCACCUGCCACUUCUGCAACUUCAUGGGCAUGUCAAUGGUCUUCUAUGGAUUGUGCCCUUUAAUGCUUGGCGCCACCAUGGCCGUGGAGCGCUUCAUUGGCAUCAACCGUCCAUUUGCGCGCUCCACCAGCAUGUCCAAAGGACGGACAGUCUCCAUGGUGCUGAUGGUGUGGUUUGUUGCUGGCUGCAUAUCACUGCUGCCCCUGGCAGGCUUUGGAAGCUACCACAUUCAGACUCCUGGCUCCUGGUGUUUUCUCAACAUCAGCUCAGAGGGGACCGACUGGGCCUUCUCUGUGCUCUUCUCCCUUGUCGGUCUGUUUUGUAUCACCGUGUCAUUCCUGCUGAACACGGUGAGCGUGGUGACCCUGAUUAAGGUGUGCUGCGGACCGGACAGGGCCCAGCGGCGCAGAGAUCACGAGGUGGAAAUGAUGGUUCAGCUGAUCCUGAUCAUGGCCAUUGCUACUAUAUGCUGGUGCCCCCUAUUGGUGUUCAUAGCUCAAACUGCCCUAUCUGGAGGUCAUGUAAACAUCGUAUACCUUCUCCGAUGGAUACGCUUCGCUACCUGGAACCAGAUCCUAGACCCAUGGGUUUACAUCCUGUUUCGCAGGGCAGUUUUGAAGAGAGCUCACCCUCGUCUCGACUGGUCCCGCAGCUCCAUAAUAACCUUGUACCCAUCGUUCAGAGACAGAGUUCGCAGAAUGACACGCUCCUCGCUUGGAAGCAACCUGGGCUCAAACGGUGGAGAGGAGAUGGAAAAAUCAAAUGUAGCGACAUCCCCUGCCUCUCCAUUAUAAGAUGGAUUCAAAAUCUAAUUACAGCAAACUGACAAUAAAAUCCCUGUGUUUAUUCUCUUUGGUGUGCUAGUCUUGUGCAUUAAGAUGAUCUUUUUUUUUGCACUGAUAAUGUGAAAACUUUGCUUUAUUUCAUGCUCCUAUCAGAAGAGACUGUGUUUGUUAAUUGUAAGCUGAAACACUAUUAACGUUGUCUCCAUGCUCUGCUUCAUCUUCUUUUACUAUAUGUAGUCCGUUGCUUCUUAAGUUUAUGACUCUUAUGCUAAACAUAAAAAUGCAAUAACUGCUAUAAUAACAUGGUUCAAACUUCUGUAACAUGAUACUCUUGCUUGUCACAGUGAUAUGGGAACAUUUGAAUAUUUGUUGUUGCAAAAUCCCAAAAUACCUCUUAUAUUGUGUCUUGUUCAGAUAAAAAUGGUUGAGCGACUAAGUAAUCCUAAUAAGUUGGAUGCACCACAUACAUACUCUACACUGGAUAACGAUACUUCAGGCACUGAAAAUGGUUAAGUAUCAACAACAAAUAAUAGUUUAAUAAAUGAUUAUGGUGUCAUUAGUUUUUUGUAACUCUUCAUUAGAAUCACCGUACCUUUAUUUUCUUGCUACUCUUGUUGUACAAUUGUUAGGAUACUGUAAUUCUAGACUUGUCACCCAGGUUUGAUAAUGAUAGUUAGGUCUGAGAUUUUUGUACAUUUUAAGUGAGUGUAGAGGAAAAAUUCCAAUCAUCGUCAAUAUAACUGUUAUGACUCAUGUUCUCUCGCAGUGCUUACUUAUUCUGAUACAGAAGUAAAUUGUUCAAAUAUGACUUGAUAUGACACAUUUACCCUUGAAGUGCUUACUCUUCACUGUUCACAGGAUAUCUUAUCUUAAAGGAAGAUUAGGCCUUGCUGACUA